AUGAGUUUCGAAAAAUCACCCGUCAGAACAGAAAUCCAGGAAGAUUCGUCUCUGACUGACAUUGAACAUGGGCUCGGACCCCAGAUCGCCCAGAAAGAUUUGGUCGUCGAAAGUGAUGUGGCCUUGGGUAAAAAGAUGUUCCUAGUCAACAACGCACUUGACGAUAUAGGAUUCACUUGGUAUCACUUGAAGCUUUUCUGCAUUGCUGGAUUUGGAUAUUCUGCCGAUUCACAGUUGGAAAUGAUCCAAAGUUCGGUCAAAACCGUCGUCGACAGGCAGUUUAAGCAGGAUUACCCAGUUGCAACCGAGAUCUUCUAUGUUGGAUUGAUUUUGGGUUCCAUUUUCUGGGGUUUUGGCGGUGACAUCAUUGGCAGAAAGACGGCGUUCAACACUUCGUUACUUCUUGCUGCAACUUUUGGUUUCAUCACCGGAGGUAUGAACUCUUAUGCUACUUACUGUCUCUUCAUGUGCUUGAAUGCUUUCUGUGCUGGAGGAAAUAUCGCUUUGGACGUCGCUGUUUUCUUGGAAUUCAGUCCCUCCAAAUACACUUGGAUCACCACCUUCAUGGCUGCUUGGUGGGGUGUGGGCCAGACGAUCGCUACCUUGGUCGCGUGGGCUUUCAUUCCAAACUACUCUUGUAAGUCCUCUGAAGACUGUCCAUCUCACAAGAACAGAGGCUGGAGAUACGCUUGGUACACCAACUCGGGCAUUGUCAUGUUUGCUGCUUUGUGUCGGUUGUUUAUUUUCAAAUUGGAUGAAACUCCCAAGUACUUGGUAUCAAACGGAAGAGACGAAGAGGCCGUGGAAGCCUUGCGUAAAAUUGCUGAAAAGUACAACAGGCCAUUUACCUUAACAGUUGAAAAACUCAAGGAAUGCGGAGAGGUAGACAGCUCUCACAACUUCAAGGAAGAUGGCUACUCAUGGAAGGCGGUAACAACUGCCAUUGUCGAGCACUGUAAGGUGUUGUACCUGUCUAAGAAAGUGGCCUACUCGACAACGUUGAUUCUCCUCUCAUGGUUCUUGAUUGGAAUUUCUUACUCGACGUUUUUCAACUUCUUGUACAUUUUCAUCGGUUUGCACGGAGGAGACACUGGCUCUACGACUUUCAUUGUUUACAGAAACUCAGCCAUCUCUAACUUUGUUGGAAUUUUUGGUCCAAUGGUAGCAGGUGCUCUUGUCAUGAUUCCAAGACUUGGAAGAAGAGGAACCAUGACAAUUGGUGCAUUCUGUGGUAUGGCCAUUUUAUUUGGCUACACUACCGUUCGAACCCAAUCGGGAGAUGUGGGCUUCGCCUCAGCCACUUACUUCUUUAUAAACAUCUACUACGGUUGCUUAUACGCAUACACUCCGGAAGUGUUCCCUGCUGUUGCCAGAACCACAGGUGGUGCUUUGGCGUUGGUAUCUGCUCGUGUCUCAGGAUCAUUGGCUCCGGUGGUUUAUUAUUAUGGCCAGAAAUCUGGAUCGGCUGUGCCAAUCUGGGUCUGCGGAGCUAUUAUUGGUGCUCUUGGUGUUAUUUCGCUCUUGCUUCCUUUCGAGCCCACCAAGAGGAGAUCUGUGUAA